AUGUCUUUUCGAGGCAAACCUAUCAUCCCUGCAACACCUCGUGUCAUAUCGCCGAGUCCUACACCCUCCGAAACCCAAGACAUUUCUCAAGAUGCUUAUCUCGGUCCGGUCACGCGAUCGGCCGCCAAGCGCAGACAGGUUGGCGCCGCUGCGCUGCAGCAGCAACCCCUCCACGAGGACAUUCAUGAAGACUCAGACCCGGAACUCCGGAGGGCCCGGACAAGAUCUCGAAGCCCCAUAAAAUCUCGCAAAGUGGGUAGCCUCACUACCCCUACGAAGACCUCUCGCGCUACCAGGUCGAAACGGAAGGAAAUAGAGAAUGGCGAUGCCAAGAUUAAGCAGGAGGUCAAGGAGGACAUUAAAGAGGAGGUCAAGGACGAUAAUAUUAAAGAGGAUGCUUCCAACGGCCAUCUAGCCCUACCCACUCCAACUCCGGCCGGAUGGGAUUGGCGGGACUUUAGCCGGAGUCCGAGUCCUCUUGGCCUUAUUCCCAUACAUCGACACUUCAAGAUCUUCAUCCACAAGCAUGAGGUACCCAGAAAGGCCUUGCACGUGUCCAUCGGCUUCCUUGUCUAUUGGCUUUACGUCAGUGGUACACAGACCUCGGCUGUCACGCCAUAUUUGAUGGGAGCCCUGAUUCCUAUCGCAGCCACGGAUUAUCUACGUCAUAAAAAUGCGUCUUUGAACCGCCUCUACGUCAAAUUGCUAGGCGCCUUGAUGCGCGAAACCGAAUAUUCCGGUUGGAACGGCGUCGUCUUUUAUCUGCUUGGGGCAUGGUCUGUUCUCUACUUUCUUCCUAAAGAUGUCGCGGUAGUAGCUGUCAUGCUCUUGAGCUGGUGCGAUACCGCUGCGAGCACCUUCGGCCGGCUUUGGGGGAGAUACACGCCAAGAAUUCGGCGAGGGAAAUCUCUUGCAGGGUCUUCGGCUGCAUUCCUUGUUGGAGUAGCUACGGCUGCUUGGUUCUGGGGUUGGCUUGCACCAAAAACUGGCCCUUUCCCCGGAGAUGAAGAGCACCCUUUUAUGUUUAAGGGUAUACUACGACUUCCCGCAUUGAUUUCGAACGCGCUCGGCCUUUCCAGCUCUCAGAGCGUCGUUAGUGGCCCGGUUGCAGUUGGACUGUUGAGCGUGUGGUCAGGCCUGGCUGCGGCGGCUAGUGAGGUGGCGGACCUUUUUACUUUGGACGAUAAUCUUACAAUUCCCGUUCUCAGUGGCAUCGGGAUCUGGGGUUUCCUCAAAGUUUUCGGGUAA